GUUUUACACUUUUGUGUACAAAAAGGGAGUAGGAUAUUGGACUGCCCCUGCUUUGCUUUGAGGUGUGGGCAACAACUAACGAGUGGUGCUACAUGCUUAUCAAAACCUGUACGCCCAUUUUCAAACCUAUCAGAUCAGAUUCAAGCCCAAAUCCCGGAAGAUGCUGCUCAACCAUCCCCCCACCACCACCACAGCCACCGCCACCACAGCCCUACUCUUCCGCUCCCACCACCAACACAGCUGUCUCUCUCCACAUCUAUCCCAUUCUCUGACAUUCUCCGCUGGGGUUUCAAGCUCAAGUCUUUCCAAGCCGCUGACCACUUCCUCCUUCAAAUGCUUCAUAUCAUCGAAAGCCAGCAGAUAUGGCACCCUGGACUACGAGAAGAGGCGUUUGGUGCCGUGGAUCUUUAUUUUCAAGAGACUAUCUUCGAUACCGGACACAGAAAUAGGCGCUGAUAGUGUGCUGGACCAGUUGGAGAAGGAGGGGAAAAAGGUCUCGAAAUUCUGUCUUUAUCGCGUGGUUCAGGAAUUGCGCAAGGUCAAGCGCUACAGGGUCGCUCUUGAGGUGUACGAAUGGAUGAAAAACAGACCCGAGAGGUUCUGGAUGAGCAUAAGUGACCUUGCCGUAAAAUUGGAUCUUAUUUCUAAGGUGCAUGGAGUUUCAGCUGCUGAAGAAUACUUCCGGAGUCUGGGAAAUCAUUUGAAGGACGGGCGGGUAUGCGGUUCACUCUUGAAUGCCUAUGCCCGAUCCAAGAUGAAGGAAAAUGCCGAAUCUUUAUUUGCCACUAUGAAAGAAGAAGGUUUUGUGACCCAUGCGCUCACAUGUAACGUGAUGAUGACCCUUUACUUGGACAUCAAAGAGUACGACAAGGUAGAGACAAUUGUUUCACAAAUGAGGGAGAAAAACAUCUCUUUAGACUCAUAUUCGUAUAAUAUCUGGUUAUCAUCCCUUGGGUCUCAAAAUAGUUUGGAAAAGAUGGAGCAAGUUUUUGAGCUAAUGAAGAUUGACACAAGCAUUGAUCUUGGAUGGAGCACUUUCAGUACGAUGGCCACAAUGUACAUUAAGAUGGGCCACUUUGAUAAAGCCGGAGAGUGUUUGAAACAUAUGGAACUCAUGAUUGAAGGUCAUGGCCGCGUCCCUUUCCAAUUCCUAAUCAGUCUGUAUGGCAAUCUUGGUAAACCAGCAGAUGUACACCGUGUUUGGAAGGCUUACAAGUCAAAAUUUAUAAAUAUCUACAAUAUGGGUUACCGAGGGGUGAUUACUGCCCUCGUGAAAUGCGGCGAUGUUGAAGGGGCAGAGGAUAUUUAUGACGAGUGGUUGUCCGCAAAAUCACCGCCAUUUGACCCGCGCAUAGCAAACGUACUAUUGGCUUGUUAUGUGAGGAACCGGGAAACAGAGAAAGCGGAUGUAUUUUUCAACCAAAUGGUUGCUAUGGGAGGGAAGCCGAACUCAAGGAUGUGGGAGAUUCUUGCUGAGUACUAUAUGAUGAGUGGGGGGAGAGUGUCUGAGGCUCUGGCUUGCUUGAAGGAUGCCGUUUUGGCUAAUGAAUCGAGGCGUUGGAAACCUAGGCGUGCAAUUGUGUCAUCUAUUAUUGGGCAUUGUGAGAAAGAAGGCGAUGUGGCAAGUAAGGAGACGUUGCUGGAGGUGCUGAAGCAAACAGGUGGUCUUGGUGAUGAAAUGAAGGAUGAUUAUAUUGACGAAGAGAAAGAUUUUGCAUGAGGAAAAAGCAAAGGUUCCCCCGCCCCCCUUCUAAAAAGUGUCUUCAGCGCGGAGGGGCAGUGGUGGUGUGGGGGUCUGGGGAAGGGAAGGAGUCAAGGCGUGCAGGAUUGUCUUAGGGGCUUUAGACCAUUGAGCGUAAAUUGCAGCGGCAUCUAAAUGAUUUGCAUAGUUAGAAUAUGAUUGGAUUUUAAUACGGAGUACUAAAGUUUUGGGUUUUACAAAUUGGAAUUAUUUAAUGUGUACUUUAUAUCAACACUUUUGAGUAAUGUACGAGUAUCAAAUUAGUGACGGUUUUCUAAUUCGUAUCUAACUGUUAGAAAACCUAAUAAAAGUAUAUCUAGAUUUUUUUUUUUUUGAAUCACAAGUAUAUCAAUAUAUCUAGAUUAAUUCUUACUGUAUUGCCAAAAAAAGAUUAAUACUUAAUGUAUCAAUACAAUACAAGAAAAUUAUAUUA